AUAGGAGGCCAGCGGGGUGAGAAACUUGUCUGGCUGACUACAGCGAUUUCACCUACGAGAACCAGCAGGGAUCCGCUUUGAAAAAGUGGGCAUCACCGCGGAUCUAGGCGUAAUUUCCCCGCUGUGUCGUCGCACCCACAGUAUGGACUGGUCCUGAAAAAACGGCCAGGGCUUUCUUGCCUUGUUCUGCCAGGAGCUACAGCAGAGAGGAAAGUAGAGGCAAGGGCUUAACAUCGCGCUUUCUUCUAGGCCAGCGACUGCCUCCGGUGCGAUCAUAAUAGCUCCUUUAGCAAGAAAAUGUCCUCAUUGCCCUUCAACAGCUAGUAAUGGGCGCCUUCCUGUGGCCUGUGCCACCCCCAAACCCCCGGCUUUGCCCUUCUCUUUCCAGUCCCCCUUCAGCACGCCCUACCCGCGAGGAAUGUGGGAACCUUUCUACACCCCUCGGAACCUUUGCUGCGGGAGUGCCUGUUGCUGCCCGGGGGAUCCUCCGGGUGGCUCCGGCUGAGGGGACGCUUUACCGUUGCGGACCCCAAGCGGGGAGAGAGAGAGAGGGAGAAUCGAGGAGGAGGAGGAGGCGGUGACAACGACGCGGUUAAACCGGGGCCGGCGCGGCACGAAGAGCGCGCGGAGCGCCUCGGCCCCCGCUCCCUCCGCCGCCUGGCCCACAGCCCCGUCGAGAGGGCUGCCUUGAACUAAGAUCAUGAGCAGGUAAUGCACAAGCCCUCCUCUUGGGAAACAUGUCGGACGAGUCAGUCUCAGGGAGUGAUCCAGAUGUGGACCCGGACUUGGAACAGGAGGGUAUGGAAGAGGAGGAGGAGGAGGAAGAGGAAGAUGAAGCGAUGGAGGAAGAUAAUGAUGGGGAUGAUGAGGAAGAUUUACUUGAUGAGAAUGACCAGUCCCAUGAGGCAGUGUUUGGCGGUGAUCUUGUUCAACAUGGCGAAGAUGGGGAAUGGCAACGCUCUACUUCAACUACCUCAUCUCAGAGUGAACAGGCAGAGAAAGUGUUGCAGAACCAGCACAAGAGCCUGGCCUCUGAGGACACCAAAAAGAAGAGGGCUCAGAAACCUUCUCACAUGAGGAGAAAUAUAAGAAAGCUGCUGCGGGAGGACCAGUUGGAGGCUGUAACAAAAGCAGCCCAGCAAGAGGAGUUGGAAAGAAGGAAACGGCUUGAGCAACAAAGGAAGGAUUAUCAAGCCAGCAUCCCCAUGGUACCCCUAGAGUUUCUCCCAGAGGAGAUUGCUUUAAGAACCGCUGAAGUUGCUCAGCUUCCCCCUCAAGUGUUAGCUGAAGAAAUCAUCUGUUUAGACAGCACCAGCAGCGGCAGUGAGGAUGACUCCAAAGGAAGACUCCAUAGCAUAAAAGAUGAAGUAAUAGAAUUAAGUUCAGGAGAAGAUGAAGCCCUCCAGAUUGUAGAUAGCAGUGAUUCUGGCAAUGAGGGGGAUGAAGACGGUAGUGAAGAGAGCAGUGGCGCUCAUGUGAAUGAUGCUUUGAAUCAGUUAGAUGCUUCAGGGCAAGUAAUUGUCAACAUCAACCAUCCACCAAAUGAAGAGGACAUUUACUUGGCGCCUCAACUUGCACGGGCAGUAAAGCCCCACCAGAUUGGCGGUAUCCGCUUCCUGUAUGAUAAUCUGGUGGAGUCUCUGGAAAGAUUUAAAACCAGCAGUGGGUUUGGCUGUAUCUUAGCUCAUAGCAUGGGGCUGGGCAAGACCCUUCAGGUCAUCUCUUUUUUGGAUGUGCUUUUCCGGCACAUUGAAGCAAAGACUGUCCUUGCCAUUGUACCCGUAAAUACUCUUCAGAACUGGUUAGCAGAAUUCAACAUGUGGCUCCCAGCACCUGAAGCUCUUCCUCCUGACUAUGAUCCAAAAGAGAUUCAGCCUCGCACAUUCAAAGUCCGUAUCUUGAAUGAUGAGCACAAGACCACAGCAGCUCGGGCCAAAGUGGUAAAUGACUGGGUGACAGAUGGUGGUGUGUUGCUGAUGGGCUAUGAGAUGUACCGUCUCCUGUCACUGAAGAAAUCCUUUGCCACAGGAAGAAAGAAGAAGAGCAAAAAACAGACUGGCCCUGUUAUCAUUGAUUUAGAUGAAGAAGAUCGUCAGCAAGAGCUGUUGAAAGGAAUUGAGAAGGCGUUAUCCCGCCCUGGGCCUGAUGUGGUCAUCUGUGAUGAAGGGCAUCGGAUAAAGAAUUGCCAUGCUAGCACCUCUCAGGCCUUGAAGAACAUCCGAUCACGUCGACGAGUGGUCCUGACUGGCUAUCCUCUGCAAAACAAUCUAAUUGAGUACUGGUGUAUGGUGGACUUUGUCCGUCCUGACUUCCUGGGUACCCGGCAGGAAUUCAGUAACAUGUUUGAGCGACCCAUCCUAAAUGGACAGUGUAUAGACAGCACCCCUCAGGAUGUUCGUCUCAUGAGGUAUCGCAGCCAUGUCCUGCAUAGCCUGCUGGAGGGCUUUGUACAAAGGCGAGGCCAUAAUGUAUUGAAGGUUCAGCUACCAUAUAAAGAGGAGCAUGUCAUCUUAGUGCGUUUAUCAAAGAUCCAGCGGGCCCUUUACACUGAGUUCAUGAACCGUUUUCGUGAUGCAGGCAAUAGUGGUUGGUUGGGCCUGAACCCACUCAAAGCUUUCUGUGUCUGUUGCAAGAUCUGGAAUCAUCCCGAUGUGCUAUAUGAAGCACUGCAAAAAGAAAAUUUGGCAAACGAGCAGGACCUCGAUGUGGACGAUCUCGGCACAGCUGGGACUAAUUCACGCUGUCAGUCACAGGGAAUGAAAGCAAAAGCUGAGAGCAAUGUUUUGACAUCGGCAGUAGGAGAGGCAACCAACAGCAAGUUCAUUCAGGGCAUUGGCUUCAAUCCCUUCCAGGAGCGAGCCAAUCAGGUUGUAACUUAUGAAUGGGCUAAAGACAUCCUGUGCGAUUACCAGACAGGAGUCUUGCAAAAUUCACCUAAGAUGGUAUUGCUGUUUCAUCUUGUGGAAGAAAGUGUGAAACUUGGAGACAAAAUAUUGGUCUUCAGCCAAAGCCUCUCCACACUGUCUGUCAUUGAGGAUUUCUUGGCAAAGGGACCAGUGCCUUCUCCCCCAGGCUCAGAUGCGCAAGGAAGCCAUAACUGGGUCCGAAAUGUACACUAUUAUCGAUUGGAUGGCAGUACUUCAGCCUCAGAAAGAGAGCGACUCAUUAAUCAGUUUAAUGACCCCAACAACACUUCUGUUUCCCUCUUCCUUCUUUCCACACGUGCUGGCUGUUUGGGCGUGAAUCUAAUUGGUGCAAAUAGAGUGGUAGUAUUUGAUGCUUCUUGGAAUCCAUGCCAUGACGCGCAGGCUGUAUGUCGGGUGUACCGUUACGGGCAGAAGAAGCCUUGCCACAUCUAUCGAUUGGUUUCUGAUUUCACCCUGGAAAAGAAAAUCUAUGACCGCCAGAUUUCUAAGCAAGGGAUGUCAGAUCGCGUGGUGGAUGACUUGAAUCCAGUGUUGAACUUUACUCGGAGGGAGGUAGAGAACUUGCUGCACUUUGUGGAAGAGGAACCCGAACCUGCCCAACUUUCUUUCAACCCCAGCAAAAUUAAAGAAUCCGUUUUACAGCUGGCCUGUCUCAGAUACCCUCACCUCAUCACCAAGGAGCCUUUCCAGCAUGAGUCACUGCUGAUUGAUCGUAAAGAGCACAAGCUCACCAAGGCAGAGAAGAAAGCAGCCAAGAAAAGCUAUGAGGAAGAGAAACGUGCAUCCGUCCCUUAUACCCGUCCAUCCUACGCUCAGUAUUACCCCGCCACUGAUCAGAACCUAACAAAUAUACCUGCCUUCAGUCAGAGGAACUGGCGUCCCAGCCUCAAAGGUGAGGACAGGCCAGUGGCAAGUGUACGUCCAGUUCAGUCCACCCCUAUUCCUAUGAUGCCUCGCCAUGUCCCUAUGGGCAGUAUGGGAUCAUCUUCGGUUUCCAAUCCUGCUAUCAACUUCCCCAUCAAUUAUCUACAACGAGCUGGUGUUCUCGUGCAAAAGAUUGUCACCACAACAGACAUAGUGAUUCCAGGUACAAAUACUUCCACUGAUGUUCAGGCAAGAAUCAGUGCUGGAGAGAGCAUCCACAUUAUCCGUGGGACUAAAGGGACAUAUAUCCGGACCAGUGAUGGACGGAUUUUUGCUAUUCGGACCACUGGCAAGCCAAAGGCCAGUCAUGAUCACCGUAUGGUCGCCUCAGGAUCCCAAGGUUCGUCUCUGGAAUCCACAAGCAAUGGCAGACACAAUGCCACUUCGCCCAAGCUUUCCAGCACAGAGGAGCUCACCCGGCCUAUCUCUCCCGACAGCCCAGAAAUCAUCAGCGAACUGCAACAGUAUGCAGAAGCCGCGGCUGCCCGCGAGUCCAGGCACAACUCUCCCAACACCAACACAGCACUUGGCCACCCCUCUCGGAAAGACAACGCCGCCCCCUCUGCCGUUCCUGGAACUGAGCAGCGGGCGGCAGGGACCCAUGGGCUGGCCUCCACUUCCUCCUCCUCUUCCUCCUCCUCUUCUUCAACCCUGCCAGCCACCAGCCAGCACCUUGACAGCCACUCAGUGCUGGACUUAAGAGGCAACAAGCGGAAGUCCACUUCUCCACCUGGUCCCGAGGAGCAAGCCCAUCGGCAGCAGAAGAAGCGCUCGCUGCCUGCCAGCGUUCAGGCCUAUGAAAGUGGGUACCCUGUCUCCGGUGGGUUCACCAUGCCCUCUGUCCCUUUAAACCACAACCUUUCCCACCCCUUUGCUCCCCAAGCAGGCAACUCUUUGUAUAUGGGCACAGGCUCCUCCUAUUACCAGAUGCCUAGCUUGCUCUCCGACCCUCACCUGGUGUUCCCUGUGACUACUGACCCUCUGCUGACAGCCGGCACCGCUAGCUCCUCUGCUGCUACCUCAGCCACCGCCAGCGUCCCCUCUUUCAUGUUAAACCCCUCCAUGACGGGGAUGCUCUCCAACUACUCGCUGCCCUUCACGCAGUCACUCCUGCCUGAGCCCAGGAUGUUUGCUCCUUUUCCAGCCCCUGCCUUGCCAAGCAGCCUUCCCAGGAGCAUGGCCUCCGCUUACUCUGGCUUCCUAUCCCCCCAUUCGGGAUAUCCAGCUGGGGGCCUUCUUCGGUCCCAGGUGCCUCCGUUUGACACCCAUGAGGUCUCUGAGGUGGGCUGCAGCUCCAACGAGGAUGAGGACAAAGAUGAUGAUGUAAUAGAGAUCACAGGGAAGUAAUCGGCCUAGUGUCUUCUUGUAGAUCUCAACUCAGCUAGGAGGGAAAAAUUCCUCACUGGAUCUUUCUGGGGUCAGGAGUUUACAUCCAGGACACACAGCAGACAGCGUGGUGGUGGAGGAGGAGGAAGAGGAGAUUGGGAAGGAGGUGGCAUUGUUAGUUGUCAAAGAUUUGCAUUGCAUGGGGAACUCUGUUGAAUGGAACCCCAUCUGCCCCACCACCACCAAGAGAGGGGGAGACUAGAGGGCUGGGAGGAGGGAAGGAACCAUGCACACCCUAGGAGUGCCUCCUUGAUUUUCUCUUCCAUGCUGUCUGUAUUGUCUGAAAGGGAGACCUGCCAUUGUGUUUUCAGUGCCCUUGGCUAGGCGGGAAACACUGGAUUGAUCAUCUUUUUUAGAAAUUUGUCUGUGGAAUAAUGCUCACACACGAACUGCCUUACCUGUGAAGUUCAUUAUCCCAUAAUUAAAUAGGGGUUGAGUUUGUGCCCUAGGAGUCGUAAUGAUGAUAACAGUGGUGAUGAUGAUGAUGGUAAUAAUGAUGAAUAACAUUAAUAAUGGAGGGCGGGAGGUGGGGUUGGAAGGAGCAGGCAAUGUGUAAUGUGUAGGUGGGAGGGUGUGGGUGGGGCAGGGUCUAUGUGAAAACCAAUGUUGUCUUUCAUUCUUCUGAAAGCUGGAGACAAGAGUAGUCCUGUGGCUUUUGCUCACCCCCGGUUGAGUGGUGACAGGACUCGGGGAGCAGCAGGGCUGGUACAUGGUGUGCCUGUCACCUUCCCCAUUCGAAAGCAGCCACCUUUGUUGCUUCCUCUUUGGCAGGGUCAGGUUAGCACUUAUAGAGAUCUUUUAGUGAGGUAGUGGUCGGUGAGGGAACUCUGAAGGCUUUCUUGGUUCCCUUUCUAAUGUUUUGUAGUGAUGACUCUUCCUCUUCCUGCCACUCCUCCCAGCUGAGGUGCAAGUCCACAGGCUGGCAGAAGGAAGCUUAGCUGUCAGACCCUUCUGGCCCGCAGCAGGUUGAGCCUCUUCCUAAAGGGACAUACGUUGAGAGCCUUCCUGGUGCCACUACCCAUACCUUGGUUGACACUGUGACUGGACUAACCUCCUCCUUCCAUAGAGCAGCUUUGUUAAUGGAUUUCAUGAAAGCAAAAUAUUUAUUUUGGAGUUCUUUCUUCCACUUCUUCCUUCUAGUGGCCUCUGCAGAAAAGGGUGAUUGUUCACAGAAUGGGGGUCCCUGUAGGGAAGAACUAGGGAGACAGAUAGGUUGCUUGACCAAGGCAGUGGCUGGGUGCAGGACCAAGACAGAAAAAGCCCCUCCCAACACACUCGCAGGCACGUAUGCACAUGCACACGUGCACCCCAGCCACUCUCCUGGCUGUCUUCAGCUGAUCAAGCAAUCCUGAACUGUUUGUGCCUCUUUGAAGAAAUGGGUGGUGAUCUUAGAGAUUAGUUUCCCUGCUGGCCAAAGCCAUUCAUGGCUUCUGCUGCCUUUCUUGCCAUGCUUCACAUGCUGGGCAGCGGUGGUGGAAGUCAGGUGGGAGGUAAGCUGUUUGAAAAGUUGGUAACUGAGGCAGGUUCCCACCAUCUCGGUAGUUCAUGACUAGGAGAGGAGGAUUUGGGGGGUGGGGGUGGAUGUGUCCUCUUUGGACUGUUGGGAGGCUCUGGGCCGAGGUUACGCCGUGAUAAUGUGGUAGCAGAGCUGUGUGAGGUGAAGUCAGUAUCUCCCAGGGAAGGCCUAAUGGAGAGAGGAAGUUUCCUGAUUGUUGACCGUGAAAUCUGUGUCUGUCUACCUGUCUGUUGCUGGCAAGUGAGGAGUACAUACAGAGACAAAGGAGUGCUGUCCACAGUUCUUCCUAAGAGAAAACUCUGGGUAAUCCGUCCUGUAUU